CACCGAACAACAGGGGCAUUACUCAGAGCUCGUCCUUCGCGUCGCUCGCGCCGACGAACUCCGGCUGGGGCCGCCAGUCCGACGCGUUCGGUUCGUGGUGGCCCCAGAACUCGACGACCACCACGUCGCGCCGGCCGCGCGACACGUGGGACACGCCGUGCGGCUUCGCGCUGUCGACCAGCACGCCCCCGAACAGCGGCAGCUCCAGCUCGACGUGCCCCUCCAGGAGGAAGUGCCCCCCCUCGAAGUCCUCCCCCGGCCGCGACAGCAGCAGAAUCAGCGUGUAGGUCGAAUGCGCGUCGCGAUGCAGGUCCAUCCGCCCGCGCUGCGAGUAGACGAUGCGCUCCGCCGAGCGGAUGCGCAGCGACCUGCGCGGACGUCGACCCCGCGGUCGGGGCGGGGCGCCCGCGGAAGACCGAGCGCCGGCGGCGACCCGGGGUCGACGGCGAAGUGGCCCGCCGCCGCGAACGCCGCGAUCGCGUAGAGCCGCUCCGUCAGCUCCGGCGCGACGCGCUGCAAGUACCACCCCAGGGCCCAGACGAGCGAGGCGCCGGAGUGGUCGUGGAAUGGCCGCUCCGCCGGCUUGCGGUCGGGGCCCCAGCGCGCCACGCAGUCCGCGAGCGCCGUCAGCGCGGCGACGUCGUCGGCCGACAGGGCCGCGGGGACCUCGACCGCGCCCGCCGCGACGACGCGCCGCGCCAGGGCCGGCCGCCGGUUCACCGGUCGGUGCGAGAAGGGCGCCCAGCACUUCCUGAUCUUCGCCAGGGCCGCGUCGAGGCACGCGUCGGUCACGCACGGCCGCUUCGGGUUCCGGUCGUGAUUCCGACUGUGGUACCACUCGUGGCGCGUCUCGGCGAACGCGUUGGCGGGCGCCUUUCGCUUGGGCUCGCGCCGCGCGGCCGCCCACGCGGCCGCGAUCUCGUCGCGCGACAGGGGCAUCUGGCCGGCCGCGUAGGCCGCCGCGACGACGACGCGCCACGGCGUCACGCGGGAGACGUGCAUGGCUUGGGACGAGGCGCAGGAAAGCUCGCUGGACGCAGCGCGCAGCAGGGGCACAGUAAUCGUAUUCCGCUGGGCUGAGGCACGCCUUUUUACCUGAUUUUGGCCCGGGGGGCUGCCCCGCGUACAGCCGCAGACGCGUGAUUGCUCCGACGCACGCCGUAGACGCCGGGCGGCGGGCGGCCGAGGGCACACGCUUGCUAGUGUCUUA